AUGCGCAUAAUAUCGGGGCCGAAAUUAAUUCCAUUUAUAUAUAAAACGCUUAGCAACCGAAAGGAUACGUUACGGAUAAACCAAUACUUUAAAAACCCAAACCUUGCCCCUUUCGGCUUUAACAAAAUAACGGAAACAAAGGGAAUAAAUAAAUGCCGGGCCGUUAAUAACCCAACGGUACCCAGCAAUACCGCGGUUACCAAUUCCAACCUUCUAUUUAAAAGCCGGAGCGCAAUUAGCACGGGAACCUUUCGAAACCGUACGGUUACAAUUACAAGCUUAUUUAUUACUAAGGAUUUAAUUUUAACGCAGCAUUUUACGUGCACAACCGUUUCGCUUUUAAAUUGUAAAUUGCCCGGUGCGGUUACAAUUGGGCCUUAA